ACUAACAUGGGAUUCACUUUUGUGACUUUCAUGGAAGCGCCAUUUUGACUCUAUUAACCAAGGGGGUCUAUUCAAUUCCUGAAGAAUCCUUUAGAACAAUUCAGACGACCUUUUUUUCUGCGAAGGAAAGUAACUACAUACAGUGCGUGAAAAUGGCGACGGGUGCUAAUGCGACUCCACUCGGAAAGUUGCACCCGAGCAUCGGCGCAAAACGAAGCUUCGAAUCCGGGCCCGGUGCGGGUAACGGGCUAAUUCCUACGCCAGGGCCGCCGUCCUCCUUCUCUGCCAUGCCCGGUUUCCAACCUGCUAUGCCCAGCGGACCAUUCCCACAGGGUCACCAGUACAAUGCUGUACCUGGCUUUUCUGCACCACAACAACCCUCCAUGUCGGGGAUCGUCAAGUCAGAUUUUGGUCAGAAGAAACAAAGAAAGAAAAGCCGAUGGAGCAGUGAGACGCCUGACCAGAAAACAAUCAUACCAGGCAUGCCAACUGUUAUUCCUGCCGGACUGACUCGGGACCAGGAGCGGGCUUAUAUAGUCCAACUGCAGAUCGAAGACCUGACUCGUAAACUGCGUACAGGAGACCUGGGAAUCCCUGUUAACCCUGAGGACAGGUCCCCCUCACCAGAACCCAUCUACAACAGUGAGGGCAAGAGGUUGAACACACGUGAGUAUCGGACUCGUAAGAAGAUUGAGGAAGAGCGUCACUCCCUCAUCACUGAAAUGGUUGGCCUCAACCCUGACUUCAAGCCUCCCGCUGAUUACAAACCUCCAGCCACCAGAGUUAAUGACAAAGUCAUGAUUCCUCAGGAUGAGUACCCAGAAAUCAACUUUGUUGGACUCCUCAUUGGACCUCGUGGUAACACUCUGAAGAACAUUGAGAAGGAAUGUUGUGCAAAAAUCAUGAUUCGUGGAAAAGGAUCUGUCAAAGAGGGGAAGGUUGGUCGGAAGGAUGGACAGAUGCUGCCUGGAGAAGACGAACCCCUGCAUGCACUUGUCACUGCGAACACCAUGGAGAAUGUGAAAAAAGCAGUGGAGCAGAUUCGUAAUAUCCUGAAGCAAGGUAUUGAGACUCCUGAGGAUCAAAAUGACUUGCGGAAGAUGCAACUGAGAGAACUGGCCAGGCUGAAUGGUACCCUGAGGGAAGAUGACAACAGGAUCCUUCGUCCUUGGCAGAACUCGGAGCCACGCAGCAUCACUAAUACUACGCUCUGUACCAAGUGCGGAGGAGCGGGUCAUAUCUCCUCUGACUGCAAGUACACCAGCUCCUUCUCCACUCACAGGCCCCCUGGUACUGCUGAACCCCCACAGUCAGCCCAGGACAAAGCUCGCAUGGAUAAGGAGUAUCUGUCCCUCAUGGCCGAGCUGGGAGAGGCCCCUGUCCCCUCCUCUGGUGGGGGACACUCAGGUGGCCAAGGUGGUGGCCCUCGGUCCUCUGCCCCUGGUGGUAACCAGCCGUCACCGAGCCGUCCUCCCUGGAUGAGCUCAGGACCCACUGAUAACAGGGGCUAUCAUGCUAUGCCUGGAGGACCACACAGUUUCCCUCCUCCAAUGGCUGGCAUGGGUGGACCGCCGAUGCCCCCGAAUCCCAACAGUAUGCCUCCUCCAUGGAUGCAGCCGCCUCCUCCUCCCAUGGGCCAGGGCCCCGGCCCUCAUGGACACCCAAUGGGUAUUCUACCUCCUCCAAUGGGCAUGAUGCCCCCGCCACCACCGCCUCCGAACAAUCAGCCACCUCCACCCCCUUCAGGACCCCUUCCACCAUGGCAACAACAGGCUCCUCCGCCACCUCCUACCAGCAGUAUGGCAACUAGUACACCUCUGCCAUGGCAACAGAGCACGACCACCACCACGUCUGGCACCAGCAGCCUGCCUCCAUGGCAGCAGCCACAGCAGCCUGCUGCCUCUGCAGCACAGCCCCCUCCACCCAUGGGCACUCCAUCCAUGGUGCCACCCCCGCCUGGAGUCCAGCCACCAUUGCCCCCUGGUGCCCCUCCUCCUCCGCCACCUCCCCCUCCUGGCUCAGCGAGCAUGAUGUAUGCUCAGCCACCACCCCCUCCGCCCAUGGACCCUUCCAACUUUGUCACAAUGAUGGGAAUGGGGGUCCCUGGCAUGCCGCCAUUUGGUAUGCCCCCUGCGCCCCCGCCGCCUCCCCCCCAGAAUUAAUGGCGAGGGAGUCACACUGCACCUAGUCAUUCACCAUAUCCAACAGACUGAUGUACAGCGAGCGUCCGUGUCUGCUCACAAAUAUAACCAGUGCUUUAUUUUUUAUUGAUGUUGGAGGAUGAAUGACUGCUCUCUUUAUGAAGUUUAAAUUAAUCUUCUUAGUAGUUUGUCUGUUCACACGGAGGGUGAGUCAGUCCGCUGUUCAAGUUGAUUCGAUUUCUGGUUUAACAAUAUCGCUCGAAUACAAUUUUACUGCUGAGCUUUGGGCUUGAUUGAAUGUUAAAUUGGUUACAUUAAAUCUUGAUCUUGUUUUAAA